AUGCCCGAGCCCGGGCCGGACGCCCCCGGCGCCGCCAGCGCGCAGCCCCCCGCGCCGCCCCCGCAGCCCGCGCCCAAGGAGUCCCCGUUCUCCAUCAAGAACCUGCUCAACGGAGACCACCCCCGGCCGCCCCCCAAGCCGCAGCCGCCCCCACGGACACUCUUCGCUCCGGCCGCGGCCGCCGCGGCCAAGGGCGCCCUGGAGGGCGCCGCGGGCUUCGCGCUCUCGCAGGUGGGCGACCUGGCUUUCCCCCGCUUUGAGAUCCCGGCGCAGAGGUUCGCCCUGCCCGCGCACUACCUGGAGCGCGCCCCGGCCUGGUGGUACCCCUACACCCUGGCCCCCGCCGGCGGCCACCUCCCGCGACCUGAAGCCGCCGAGAAGGCGCUGCUCCGGGACUCCUCGCCGGCCUCCGGCACCGACCGCGACUCCCCGGAGCCGCCGCUCAAGGCCGAGCCCGACCGCAAGGAGCUGGACUCCAAGAGCCCGGACGAGAUCGUCCUGGAGGAGAGCGACUCGGAGGAGGCCAAGAAGGACGAGGCGGCCGGCGGGCCCGGGGCGGGCGCCGGGGGCGCAGCGGCGGCGCCGGGCGCCGAGGACUGGAAGCGGGGCGCGGGGAGCCCCGAGAAGAAGCCGGCGUGCCGCAAGAAGAAGACGCGCACGGUGUUCUCGCGCAGCCAGGUCUUCCAGCUCGAGUCCACCUUCGACAUGAAGCGCUACCUGAGCAGCUCGGAGCGCGCGGGCCUGGCCGCGUCGCUGCACCUCACCGAGACGCAGGUGAAGAUCUGGUUCCAGAACCGCCGCAACAAGUGGAAGCGCCAGCUGGCGGCCGAGCUGGAGGCGGCCAACCUGAGCCACGCCGCGGCGCAGCGCAUCGUGCGGGUGCCCAUCCUGUACCACGAGAACUCGGCGGCCGAGGGCGCGGCGGCCGCGGGCGCCCCGGUGCCGGUCAGCCAGCCGCUGCUCACCUUCCCGCACCCCGUCUACUACUCGCACCCCGUCGUGUCGUCCGUGCCGCUGCUGAGGCCCGUCUGA